CACCAGAGGUGAAGGCGAGACUUAGGGAUCCAAAUGUCGCCCGUCCGUCACAAACCUUAUGACACAUAACUCCACAACCGUAAGUCGCUUUUCAACCAAACUUGGAUGGUAGAUGGACUUGGGGGACCUGCAUGUUAUGCUGCAGUCAGAGGUCACAUGGUAUGGUCAAAGGUCAUUUUCAGGUCAACGUUAAAGUUUACAUGCAAGACUCUCUUCUGACACCAAACUCUGCAACCGGCUAUGAGAAGAGAUGGAUGGUGUUGUUAGGAAAUGAGAUUCAUAUUUAUACAACAAAAAUUCCUCAGAGAGAACAAGGUUCUGCAAAGCCCAUUCAACAUUACCCUCUUCAUCCAAGCAUUUCAAUUACUGUGGAUAAUGAUUUCAAGAUGCAUAUUAAAUGUGAACUUUGGACCAUCAGAGCACAGGCUACAUCUAAUGAAGAGAGGGAGAACUGGCGGAUACGAAUUCUUACAAUUGCAAGGGCAAUUGUUGGUCCUGAAAGGGACCAUCCAAACUCAACGUUUCGACAAGUGUUUUUUUUUUCUUCAAGAGUCUGAGACUGGGGUAUGUGCUGCAAAUAGGCCUAGCUGCAAACCACUGCAAGUGGACCGAGAUGGGUUAGAGCAUAGAGCUAUUACAGAAGGAGGUCUGACUCUCUCGAACGCUUUGCCCCAUGCGCGGCACAGCUAAUCCCCUCACAGCAGGGUGGUCCAUCAUGGCACUUUCACACUUACAGGCGCAGACCGCUCCUAAAUCAGCCCUAAAUCAGAUGGGGAAAGUUGAUCGAAUGCAAUUUAAAACGCUGAUAUUCAGACCCAAUAGAUGAUAUUAACAUGAAUAAAUUUUACAGAUCAUAAUCAACGAAAUAUCGUAAAAGAAGAUCUAUCUCUUCAAAUGCAUCAAUUCUAAUAUUUUUCUGAAACAGUCUGGAGCUGAGGCAUGUACGGUGUGAAUCAGCUGAACGCGUGAGCUUGGAGCUCUGGCAUGUACUCACCUUCAACUUAUACAUGGGGCACCGGAGGAUACUGGACAAUGCAGCAAUCGCUUUAGAAAUGCCCCGUAGAUUCGUCGUUAUAUUUUCAAGGCGCACACAAUCGAACAAAUGAUCUUAGCAUUGAAAUCAAGUUUGAAUUAUGCUUUUUCCCGUCAUUGUAAUUUCUAAGACAGGAGCGUACAGGUAAAGGUUCUAAUAAAGCAAGAAAGAUAGACAUACAUAAAUGACUAACAUCCAAUUUCUAACAUCUAAUUUUGUUCGUACUGUGGCUGGGUUGAAUCAGAUUGUAACAUAUUUGGUAUGUACUCAAAGGGGAUCAUCUCAGAAUUUUAACCAUACAUCAAAGACGUAUAUCAGGAAUCCGUACGAAGAGAUAUGGAUGUUGGAAGAACAGCAAGUCGUGUUUCGAUUUUGAAAAAAAACAGAGCUCGAAGGGAAGUUAUGUGGAAGAACGUUGUUUACGGCGGUGCCUCGCAGGGACCUUCAAAAAAUCACUGACCUCAGAUUUUACGACCGGGCUUAUCGCGUUACGUAAGCGGGCUCUUACUUUCGCCUGGCGGCUCGUCGAUUGAUGUUAGAUAUCGUUCCUUCGCCAGAAGGAAGCGAUAACAAAGGAUUAACAGAGGAAUUGGAAGAAAGGUCUCCUGUGUUUUAUAGCUCCAUGGUUAGAGGUUGGGUUUGCUUAAUACACAGAUGGAUAGGUGGUCCGGGGGUCCUGGCCGCCCGUCUUAGUCCAGCCUGAGACUAUGCCUAUUGAAGUGGUCUCGGGUAGGUUCGUUUUAAAGGAGGCCUGUGGUCAGAUGUGUUUAGAACAUUCUGUUUUCUUUCCUACCUGAGGCAGGUCCCAGGGGAGGGGGGGGGGGGUCUAAGAAAACCCUCUGUACUAGGGGAAAGCAAGCAAGGAGCUCUUUGAAACAACACUUAUCAUUGAUCUGUCCAUGGACCAUCUCUUUCAAGGAUUCAAUUAUUUGUAGAAUACAGUUAAAGAACCUUGAGCCAUGGUACAUGUUUACCUAAGAGCGUUAUCCAACACCAGCCAGACUUUGUAUACAUUUGUACUGUAUGGGAAUCACUGGAUCCCCCUAGUAUGCUAUGCAGACUCUGAAAGGCUUGUGAGGUGAGAUCUCAGCGUGCGAAGCAAACCAGCCAUGUCAAACUUUUAUAUUUCGGGAAAUAGAUUUCUUUGAUUUUGGGAAAAUUCCUCAAACAGAUAUCAUGCAUGAAAUGUAUAAAAAGAAAAAGACAAAAGAAAGAAAGCAUAAGAUUUGGUUAGUUUGGACCUGGCUGAUAAGUCUCUGUACAGUACAUGGGAUAUGGUUCAAAUGCCAUUGUUCCAAGGUUUUAUUUUGUAUAGCUUUACAUUUAUUAAGUCAAGCUAGAUCCAUCCAUUGCAAAGACUGGGUAGGAAAUUACUUUGAUUAUCUAGGGGCUAUUCUCAUUGGAGUGAUCGCUGAAUUUUUUGGGGGCUAUUUCUUGUUUGAAGGGCUAGACUCGUUUUGCGCAACAAGCAAUUAUGUGGUAUCAUUCUGCUGGAUGUGGAAUAAUGAUUUUGUUAAUGUUCUGUAAUAUUGUUUUGCGACAGAUCUUGGGAUGAUGAAAAUUAAGUGGUUGCCUGAAAGCAAUCUAUCUAGAGAAUUUUAGGGGCCUUCUGGCGGAAUUUCAGGAGUCAUUUGGGAAAUAUUAGGGGUGAUUUGGGCUGUGUGAAAUCGCCUCUCACCCUACACUGCAUUGCGGAGGCAACACUAAAUUCAUAUUUCAUGUAUAGAACACAUCUUGUAUUGACAUGCAUAACAAUAGUCUGCACUGCUGAUAUUUAUAAAAGCAGUGAAGUGUGAUAACGAAUAAAAGAAGAGGCAUGCAUAUUGUCUAGCACUGAUAUGAAUGCAAUAUGGCAAUAAAAGAAAAUAUGGGCAAAACUCCAUAUUGUGUUACUGUAAUUUUAUGUAAAUGUUUAUUACAUA